ACUCCUCCUCUGUCUCUGUGAACAUCCUGCAUAGGCUUGUCACCUCGGCUUCACCAUGUCCGCAGACCUCAGCGGCCGGUGGGAGAUGAUGAGCAAUGAGAACUUUGAGGACCUCAUGAAAGCUCUCAACAUUGAUUUCAUCACUCGUAAAAUUGCGCUUCACCUGCUUCAGACGAAGCUGAUUAUCCAGAAUGGGGACCAGUUUGUGAUCAAAACACUGAGCACCUUCCGGAAUUAUGAGGUGGCCUUCACCGUGGGGGUUGAGUUUGAGGAGUACACCAAGGGCUUGGACAACAGGCUGCUCAAGACUCUCAUUACCUGGGAAGGGGACAAACUUGUGUGUGUCCAGAAAGGAGAAAAGGCCAAUCGAGGAUGGAAGCACUGGGUCAAAGGAGAUAUGUUAUACAUGGAAAUUACCUGCGAGGACAUAGUCUGUCAUCAGGUGUUCAAGCGGAAAGAAUAAAAGGUCAAGUGUUCUAUUAAAUAUCAAUUUAAUUGAAUUCAAUAAAUCAGUUUUUUCCGAAGGAACUUAAACAGGUUCCAGAUUUCAACAGUUUACUCAAGCAAAGCUGAAGCACUUUAGGUUACACACCCUGUCUGUGGUAGCAGUGACAGGGCCGUACUUGACACUUGUACCUGAAACCUUUUGAACUUCUCUUCAGAAGUUUAACCAGACUCAUUACUUGACUUAUUUUAGUUUGAUCCUCUAUUUUGUAUCCAAAAUCCAAAGACUGACAUACGUUACAUUCUGUUCCUAACAGCUAAUAAAUGUCACUUAAGGUCAAUAUAAUACAUUUUAAUACAAUGUAUUUUUCAAUCUUCAGUUAUAUACCACAUUAUUAGGCAACUUUUGAUAACGCAUGAACAGAUCUGGCGACUCAUAAAUAUCGUUGUAUAGGCCUACAUUACAUACAGCUUGCAUUGUACAGAAUUGCUGUUUAUUGGAAUAAUGGUUUGGUUUCCUUAGAAAGAGCAAUGUAUAUUAAUGUGUGUUUUUGUUGGAUUGUGCAGGGUGGUAUGUGAAGCAAUGUGGUUUAAUUCGGAUUAUAUGUGUGACAGGGAUAGUAUAAGAAGGUUGGAUCAGGAAUGCAUGUGACUGGUUAUCACAGUCAUUCACAAAUACUGUAAACUGCCCUUUGCCCUUUGAUCGGUCUUGAUUAGGAGUAACGAGUGGGUUUAAACAGAUUGCCACAGACCCCUCUAAAAAAAUCAAUGAAAAGGAAUAAAUAAAUCUGAUCGCCCAUA